CAGGCGGCCAAGAGCCUGCGGAUCCAGGAGCAGGUGCAGCAGACCCUGGCCCGGAAGGGCCGCAGUUUCGUGGGCAACGGAAAUCUUCACCGAGCUACCAGUGUUCCCGAAUAUGUCCACAAUCUACACUUGGUUGAAAAUGACUUUGCUGCUGGGCGCUUCCCUUUUACUAAAACCUAUGACGUGCUGAAGACAGGCACAACCGCCACUUACGAAGCCCGCUGGGGGAGAGGAACUUCGCAGUACAGCUCGCAGAAGUCAGUGGAAGAAAGGUCCCUGAGGCAGCCUCUCCGGAGACUUGAGAUUUCCCCGGACAGCAGCCCGGAGAGGGCCCAGUACCCGCCCGGCGAGCCGCAGUACAGCCAGAGGAGCCAGGCCGGGCUCACGCUGCGGGCCCAGGAGGGCCGCCGCUCCGCGCCCGCGCUGCCGCCGCGCUACGCGCGCUCCGAAAUCGUCGGCUUCAACCACUCGGUGGCGGCGAGCAGGCAGCGCCACUACGACACUUACCAGCGGCGCUACCAGGACGCCGUCUUCGACGGCGCCCCUGUGGCGCCGGUGCUGCUCACCUACCCCAGGCCCGGGACCAGCCACAGCCUGGGCAACCUCCUGGAGAAGGAGAACUACCUGGCCCCGGGGCCCGCGGCGGGGCAGGUCCGGCCGCCGGCGCCCGUGCAGCCCGGCAGCGCGCAGGGCCGCGCGGCGCGCUCGUCCUGGCACCAGAGCUCCUUCCACAGCACGCGCGCCCUGCGGGAGGCCGGCGGCGCCGCGGAGUCGGGCGGCCGGAGGAUGCACAUGACCGUGGGCCAGGUGGCAGCCGGCGGAAGCGGGAACGUGCUCGCGGAGAGAAGCGCCUUCGCCGACGCGCAGCUGGGGAAUCUGGACACGGAGAUGACUCUGGAACGAGCAGUCAGUAUGCUUGAGGCGAACCACACGCCGCUGUCCAGGAUUUCUGCUGCAGCCACUUUUAUACAGCACGAGUGCUUCCAGAAAUCUGAGGCGAGGAGAAGGGUUAAUCAGCUUCACGGCAUCCCCAAGCUCCUACAGCUCCUGAAGGUUCAGAAUGAAGACGUCCAGCGAGCUGUGUGUGGAGCCUUGAGAAACUUGGUGUUUGAAGACAAUGACAACAAAUUGGAGGUAGCUGAACUCGGCGGAGUCCGUCAGCUGCUCCAGGUGCUGAAGCAAACCAGAGACUUGGAGACAAAGAAGCAAAUAACAGGUUUGCUGUGGAAUUUGUCUUCCAAUGACAGACUGAAGAAUCUCAUGAUAACAGAAGCCUUGCUCACCCUGACCGAGAACGUCGUCAUCCCCUUUUCGGGCUGGCCGGAAGGAGACUACCCCAAAGCGAACGGCUUGCUCGACUUUGAUAUAUUCUACAACGUCACGGGAUGUCUAAGAAACAUGAGCUCAGCUGGCCCCGAAGGGAGGAAAGUGAUGAGAAGGUGUGACGGACUGAUUGACUCACUGGUCCAUUAUGUCAGAGGAACCAUUGCCGACUACCAGCCAGAUGACAAGGCCACAGAGAACUGUGUGUGCAUUCUUCAUAACCUCUCCUACCAGCUGGAGGCAGAGCUCCCCGAGAAAUACUCCCAGAGUAUCUAUAUUCAAAACCGGACCAUCCAGGCAGACAGCAACAGAAGUGUCGGGUGUUUUGGCAGUCGAAGCAGGAAAGUCAAAGAGCAAUACCAGGACAUGCCGAUGCCGGAGGAAAAGAGCAACCCCAAGGGCGUGGAGUGGCUGUGGCACUCCAUCGUGAUACGGAUGUAUCUGUCCUUGAUCGCCAAGAGUGGCCGGAACUACACGCAGGAAGCAUCUUUGGGAGCGCUCCAGAAUCUCACGGCAGGAAGUGGACCGAUGCCAGCAUCAGUGGCGCAGACAGUUGUCCAGAAGGAGAACGGCCUUCAUCACACACGGAAGAUGCUGCAUGUUGGUGACCCCAGUGUGAAAAAGACCGCCGUCUCCCUGCUGAGGAAUCUGUCUCGGAACCUUUCUCUGCAGAAUGAAAUUGCCAAAGAAACGCUGCCUGAUUUGGUUUCCAUAAUUCCCGACACAGUCCCAAGUACUGACCUUCUCAUUGAAACUACAGCCUCUGCCUGUUACACAUUGAACAAUGUAAUCCAGAACAGCUACCAGAAUGCACGGGAUCUUCUAAACACUGGGGGCCUGCAGAAAAUUAUGACCAUAAGCGCAGGUGACAUCUCUGCCUCCAACAAAGCAAGUAAAGCAGCCUCUGUUCUCCUGUAUUCCCUGUGGUCGCACGCAGAGCUGCACAGCGCCUACAAGAAGGCUCAGUUUAAGAAGACAGAUUUUGUCAACAGCCGGACUGCCAAAGCCUUCCACUCCCUUAAGGACUGAGGAAAGUGGAGAACGUGGAGCCUCCCUAUUCUCGGUCACCAAAAAGCCCCGAAGGAAAACACCUAUUUUUCUACUUCCCCGCCCAGUGAAUCGCAAGAAAGCAUGCCCUGUUUGUAUCUUUUUCUAUUCCCAUGGCCCCCAGGAUCCAGAAAACAAAUGAUCAGAGUAUAAUUUAUUAAGUCUUCCAGAAGACUUUUGCAGGUUUGCCACCAGUAGACCCAGGCUCGGUUUCACCCUCUGCAAAUAGUGGUCUUUGUCAUCAGGGCUGACGGUGCAUGGCGUCCUGGAACCAAAAUGUGAAUUCACGUGGAAUGGACAUUGACAAAAUAAAUAAGGGAAGAAGCUGUUGUAUGACUAGGAUUUUUUUAAAAGUCUGAUCUACAUCUGUUUUCCUGUUCUGGUUUCCAUGUUUUGUCACUCACAUGCAUGUUGUUUCACCAUUGAGCCAUGAGUGUGUUGUUCUGCAGUGUCGAAAACAGAAAAAUGGAAAUGAGAUAAUAUUUGUUGAGUUUAUCUGGAAGAAAAUUUAAAUGGCAAAAUCAUUUGUUUGUUUAUUUUGUGUUUGUUUUUAUCCUCUUGAUUUUUUUUUCUCUGAUUUUCAAUGAACUUAAGAAAUUUAGAUCACAGAGCACGCAUGACUGUAAGAAAAAGAAAUUGAAGGGAAGUGAUCGUUGCAAAUGUAAAAAUCUUUUCCACAGAGAAAGGCAACUAUGGUUGUGGAAUUCGGUGUUCCCUCUAAAUUCUGAAUAAGUGGGAUUUUUGCUCAAGAAAUUAUUUCACCUAUUUAACACCACCAUUAAAUGCAAGUCUCUUCUGACACUA